UCGAUGUUUAAUCAAUAUUUAUUUCAUGACUCGAUCCGCAUCUGCUCCGGAGAGGAAGGUCAGCUCGACGCGGAAUAGUCCAUUUUGUGUACAUGAGCCUUCUGCAAAUAAGCCUUUUUAGAUUUUAAAUCUGAAAUCAUAUGCUAUUAGCACCUCAGUCAGAGAUGCUGUCGUGAAGCUGGACAUUCAGAAGGGUUUUGUGUGAUGUUCUCCUGAGCUCCGCGUCUGUCUUCAGUGGUUUCACCUGAUCAUUCCUCCUGCUGCUCGAACCACUCACAUUUUCACAUUUGCUUUAUGAAUCUUGGAGAUUUUCUAACAUGUCUACGAAGGCAGAGCAAUUUGGCUCUAAGGUUCGAUACUUGCAAGAGUAUCACAACCGUGUGCUUCACAAUAUUUACCCAGUGCCAUCGGGAACAGACAUUGCAAAUACUCUGAAAUACUUUUCCCAGACCCUGCUCAGCAUCCUGUCCCGUACAGGCAGAAAGGAGAGCCAGGAAGCUUCCAAUUUGGCCGUGCCCAUGACCAUGUGUCUUUUUCCUGUGCCAUUCCCACUCACCCCAUCUCUAAGACCACAAGUCAGUUCCAUCAACCCUACAGUUACUCGAUCCCUCCUUUACAGCGUUCUGCGGGACGCCCCGGCCGACCGGGGUGGUGCCACCCAGCAGAGUCGGGAGGUUCAGAUCUCAGAUUACCCCUCACUGGACUAUCAGGGGCUCUAUGCCACCCUCGUCACCUUGCUUGACCUGGUGCCCCUGCUGCAGCACGGUCAGCACGAUCUGGGACAGGCCAUAUUUUACACCACAACAUGCCUUCUGCCUUUCCUUAGUGAUGAUAUUCUCAGCACUUUACCCUACACCAUGAUCUCCACUUUAGCCACCUUCCCUCCUUUCCUGCACAAGGACAUCAUAGAGUACCUGAGCACAUCCUUCCUGCCCAUGGCCAUUUUGGGUUCGACUCGAAGAGAGGGUGGCGUUCCAGCAUAUGUCAAUCUGUCUGCCUCCUCCAUGCUGAUGAUCGCCAUGCAGUACACUUCAAAUCCAGUGUACCACUGUCAGCUUUUGGAGUGUCUCAUGAAAUACAAGCAGGAAGUAUGGAAGGAUCUUCUGUACGUCAUAUCCUAUGGCCCGUCCCAAGUCAAACCUCCAGCUGUUCAAAUGCUUUUCCAUUACUGGCCCAACCUGAAGCCUCCUGGUGCCAUCAGUGAGUACAGAGGCCUGCAGUACACAGCCUGGAACCCCAUUCACUGCCAACAUCUCGAGUGUCAAAACUCUAUUAAUAAGCCAGCGGUGAAGAUGUGUAUUGAUCCAACGCUCUCAGUCGCACUGGGUGACAAACCUCCACCCUUAUACAUCUGUGAGGAGUGCAGCCAGAGGAUCGCUGGCGAUCAUGCUGAGUGGCUUGUUGAUGUGCUUUUACCACAAGCUGAGAUUUCUGCUAUAUGUCAGAAGAAGAACUGCAGCUCUCACGUCAGACGCGCCGUCGUCACCUGCUUCUCAGCGGGAUGUUGCGGUCGCCACGGCAACCGGCCAGUGCGCUACUGCAAGCGUUGUCAUGUCAACCACCACAGCAGCGAGGUGGGGGCGUCGGCAGAGACGCAUCUGUACCAGACGUCUCCUCCGCCCAUCAACACGCGCGAGUGCGGCGCCGAGGAGCUGGUGUGCACCGUGGAGGCGGUGAUCAGUCUGCUGAAAGAGGCAGAAAUCCACGCGGAGCUGCGGGAGUUUGAGCUGAACCGCCGCCGUCAGAUGGGUCUGUCUUCAUCCCAUCAUUCCCUGGACAACCUGGAGUUUGACAACAAAGAGGACGACCAGCACGACCAGAGACUGCUCAGUCAGUUCGGCAUCUGGUUCCUGGUGAGUCUGUGCACGCCGAGCGAGAACACGCCGACCGAGAGUCUGGCGCGGUUGGUCAGCAUGGUGUUCCAGUGGUUCCACUCCACCGCCUACAUGAUGGACGACGAGGUGGGCAGCCUGGUGGAGAAGCUCAAGCCUCAGUUCGUCACCAAGUGGCUGAAGACGGUGUGUGACGUGCGCUUCGAUGUCAUGGUCAUGUGCCUUCUGCCCAAACCGGUGGAGUUCGCCAGGGUGGGCGGUUACUGGGAUAAGUCGUGCAGCACGGUGACGCAGCUGAAGGAAGGACUGAACCGGAUUCUGUGUUUGAUCCCCUAUAACGUGAUCAGUCAGCCACUGUGGGAGUGUUUCAUGCCCGAGUGGCUGGAGGCGAUUCGCACUGAAGUUCCUGACCAACAGCUCAAGGAGUUUCGUGAGGUCCUCAGUAAGAUGUUUGACAUUGAGUUGUGUCCGCUUCCCUUUUCCAUGGAGGAGAUGUUUGGAUUCAUCAGCUGUAGAUUCAGUGGCUAUCCAGCAUCAGUGCAGGAGCAAGCGUUGCUGUGGCUUCAUGUUCUGUCCGAGCUGGACAUCGUGGUUCCUCUGCAGCUGCUCAUCGGCAUGUUCUCUGAUGGUGUGAACUCACUGAAGGAACUGGCCAAUCAGAAAAGAGCUCGAGCCGCAGACCUGUCAGGAAACGCAGGAGCCCGCAGGGUGAGUGUGGUGUCUGACCCCGGCAGGAGAGGGCAGCACAAUAACCUGAGUCCGUUUCCCAGUCCGUUCCGGAGCCCCUUCCGCAGCCCCCUGCGAUGCAGCCCCUUCAAGAACCUCGGCCACGCCGCCGGAAACUGCGCCCUUGACCUGGACUGCGACGACGACGACAUGAACCUGGGCUGCUUCAUCCUCAUGUUUGACCUGGUGCUUAAACAGAUGGAGCUGCAGGACGACGCGCUGACGCUGGGGCUGGAGAGCAGUCUGGGCCGGGAUGUGGUGGGCAUCAUUAACAGUGUGCUGCAGGCUCCGUGGGGCGGAUCGCACACCUGUCAGAAGGACGAGAAGGCUCUGGAGUGCAGUCUGUGCCAGUCCAGCAUCCUCUGCUACCAGCUGGCCUGCGAUCUGCUGCAGAGACUGACGCCGCGCGAGGAGAUACGGCUGGUGGAGCCAUCCGAGUGUCUGGAGGAGAGUUUGAUUUUCCCUCAAACUGAAUUCAAUCUCAAAUCAGAGAAUGGAGCGGAUGAAGCAGACGCCUCAUCAGAAAACCCCGGCAGUCACAAUCCCUCUCCUGAGAUCCCGCCGUUAAAGAAUAGUGCAGACAGGAAGUUCUCGUGCCUACAGCUUCCUGUUUCUCUGAAGCUUCUGUACACCGUUCUGCAGGAGAUGGGUAGGUUUGAGGAGCCAGACAUCCUCUUCAACAUGCUGAACUGUCUGAAGAUCCUGUGUUUGCACGGGGAAUGCCUGUAUCACGCCAGGAAAGAUCACCCGCAGUUCCUGGCCUACAUACAGGAGAAGAUGCUCAUCCCCAGCCUGUGGUCCAUGCUGAGGUCCGAGUUCUGUCAGCUGGCGUCUCUGGUCGUGCCACAGAUCCUGCAUGCGCUCACUCUGUCCCACGGUGCAGAUAUCUUCUGGAGGCUCGUCGACAGCAGCUUCAACAGUCAGGACUGGAAGAUUCGCUUUGAAGCAGUGGAGCGCGUAGCCGUCCUGUGCCGCUUUCUGGACAUCGGCUCGGUCACUAAGAGCCACGUGCUGAAGUAUUCUCUGGCUCACGCUUUCUGCUGCUUCUUGGCCAGCAUCGAGGACGUGAACCCUGCCGUGGCCACCAGAGCGCGUCUGCUGCUGGACACCAUCAAGCGGCCCGCGCUGCAGGGCCUGUGUCUGUGCCUGGACUUCCAGUUUGACACGGUGGUCAGAGACCGGCCCGUCAUCCUGAGCAAACUGCUGCUGCUGCACUCGCUCCGACAGGAGAUCCCCGCUCUGAGCUGGGAGUUCUUCGUCAACCGCUUCGAGACGCUCUCGCUAGAGGCCCAGCUGCACCUGGACUGCAACAAAGAGUUCCCUUUUCCUACAACGAUCACGGCGGUGAGGACUAACGUGGCCAACCUGAGCGACGCGGCCAUGUGGAAGAUCAGACGCGCUCGCUUCGCCCGCAAUCGGCAGAAGAGCGUCCGCUCGUUACGGGACAGCGUGAAGGGUCCGUCCGGGUCCAAACGCACUUGCUCCCUCCCGGAGACUCUGUGCAACAAACUGCCUCUAAGACUCAUAAGACAAGAGCAGUCGGCACCGAUACUGGGAAACAUGCUAGAGAAAAUCCUGUCAGGUGAGAGCUCUCCUCCAGAGGACGACUCCGUCAUUAAAGAUCUGCUGCCGGAGGACGCGGGCAUAGACCACCAGACCGUUCAUCAGCUCAUCAUGGUGCUCAUGAAGUUCAUGGCCAAAGACAAAAGCAGCGCAGAGAUGGACAUCGGCAGUGCCAAAGCCUUCAACACGGUCAAGCGGCAUCUCUACGUCCUGCUGGGAUACGAUCAGCAGAUGGGAUGCUUCAUGAUCACCCCUCAGAAAAUGCGCUCCUCCACCUGCUUCAAUGCCUUCAUCGCAGGAAUCGCUCGGGUGAUGGACUAUAACAUAGGUCUGGGCAAACAGCUGCUGCCACUGGUGGUGCAGGUGCUGAAGUACUGCACGUGUCCGCAGCUGAGGCCCAACUUCCAGGAGCCUCCGCGCUGCUCGCUCUGGGCCCUCAAACCUCACACCAGACAGAUGUGGCUCAAGACCCUGCUCGUCAUCCUCUACAAGUAUCCAUAUAGAGACAUGGACAUGAGUAAAGACGUGGUGCUCCAUCUGAUCCACAUCACCAUCAACACGCUGAAUGCUCAGUACCACAGCUGCAGGUCGCACGUGUCCGCAGGCCCGCUGUACAGCGACAACUCCAACAUCAGUCGCUACAGCGAGAAGGAGAAAGAGGAGGACAGCGUAUUUGACGAGUCGGACAUCCACGAUACUCCGACGGGAGCGAGCAGUAAGGAGUCGCAGACCUUCUUCGCCCGUCUGAAAAGGAUCGGCGGCAGCAAGUCUGUCAAGUAUCAGCCUGUGGAGCUCAACGCUCAGAGAAGUGAGAUUGAGCUGGCCGAGUACAAGGAGGGCGCGCUGCAGGACACGCUGCUGUACUCGGGCCGAGAGGACAGCAACAGCAAGAAGAAGAGGCUGCAAGCCAUGCACAAGCAGAAGUCUCUGGACAUCAGCAACACCGACUCUAUCCUCUUCAAUCUGGACGAGCACCGCCGCAAGUCCUGCAUUGACCACUGCGACCUGCAGGAGCCCUCAUCCUCCUCCUCGAUUGGCCGACAGCAGCACAGAGCUCAGCACCACGGCAAAGACUCCUCCAACGGCCACUCCGUCAUCGACCGAAGAGGCUCUGGCGCUCAGAACGACAGCAUCCGGCCCAUCAUACCAGAGGUGCGGCUCAGCUGUAUGGAGACGUUUGAAGAUAAACCCGCCGGUCUGGACUCGCCGCUGGCCACCCCAGCGCUCGACAAGGACGAUCCGGACCUCAUCGACCUGUCCUCUGACUGCACCUCCAUCCCCGAGAAGCACUCCAUUCUCUCGCUGUCUGACAGCGACUCGCUGGUGUUCGAGCCGCUGCCUCCUCUGCGCAUCGUGGAGAGCAACGAGGACCUGUUUGAGGCACUCAAACUCCCCGGCGGAGUGCUGAGCAAACCCGAGGCUCCGCUCCUACAGGUCAGCCUUGAGGACUGCACCGAGCGCCAGAUGCUCCAGCCCCCCACAGCUUCUCAGGAGGGCACCAUGACCCUCAAACAGAAACGGGAUCUCUUCAGAAAGACGUCACACAUGCCCAACGCAUCCCUGGACGAUUCCUGCGCGCAGCCUGAGGGUAGCGGCGGAACGAGCCCCUCCAGCAGGUCCGUCAUGCUCCAGAUCCCUGCGGACGCAUUCGAGUUGCUGGAUCCGUUACACGCAGAGGGAGCGGGAGACGAGGACAACGACGAGACUGAUGAGAGAGACAGCGACCCCAAACCUGACGACGAGAGCGAUGAAGCUGAGUUCAAGAUCCAGAUUGUGCCACGCCAGCGCAAAGAGAGGAAGAUCGCGGUCAGUGCCAUCCAGAGGGAGUAUCUGGACAUCUCCUUCAACAACAUAGACAAAAUGAGGGAACCGGCCGCAGAGUCAGGUCUGACCGCCUGGUUUAUUAGCAUCCUCCAGCUUUAUGACAAAUCUCUGUCGAAGCUGGAGAAGCCCAGAGAAUCAGCCUCAGCUCCGGCCCUGGAGGCCGCCGUCCCUGAAGCCAGCCAUCGCUCCUCAGUGUCCACUCAGUAUCGUCAGGUGAAGCGAGGCUCGCUGGGUGCCGUGACUAUGAGUCAGUUAAUGAAGCGGCAGCUGGAGCAUCAGUCCAGCGCGCCACAGAACAUCAGCACCUGGGACACGGUCAUACACACCGUGGGAGUAGUGAAAGGUCCAGUGAAGACCAGUCUGCUGUCGGCCCCAAGCACCGCCAGCAUGUUCGUUCCCGCGCCAGAGGACUUCAGCGACGAGCAGCCCACUACGAUGGCCGACAGGUGCCGGGACUGCGGGGCUGUUCUGGAGGAGUACGAUGAGGAGACUUUGGCUCUGGCUGUGGUGGUUCUGUCCAUGUUCAUCCAUCUGAGUCCUGAUCUGGCCGCUCCGCUGCUGCUGGAGAUCAUGCAGUCUGUGGGCAGGUUGGCCUCUAGCUCCAAUUUCACAGGUCAAGCUGAAAGCAUGCUGAUCCCGGGGAAUGUGGCCGGUGUAGCCAAGCAGUUCCUGCGCUGCGUUCUCCAUCAGCUCGCACCCAACGGUAUCCUACCACAGCUGUUCCAGAGCAACAUUAAAGAUGGAAGCUUCCUGCGGACGCUGGCCACGUCUCUGAUUGAUUUCAAUGAGCUGAGCUCGGUCGCAGCGCUCAGUCAGCUCCUGGAGGGUCUGAACAAUAAGAAGACUCUGCCAGCAGGAGGCACCAUACUGCACUGUCUGGACAACAUCGCCACCUUCAUGGAGACGCUUCCCAUGGACUCGCCCAGCAACCUCUGGACAACCAUCUGUAACCAGUUCCACACAUUUCUAACCAAACUACCUGCUGUUCUGCCACUCAAGUGUCCACUGGACUCAAGCCUGAGAAUAAUCAUUUGCUUGCUGAAAAUUCCUGUAACAAAUGCAACAAGAAGUCUGCUGGAGCCCUUCUCCAAACUGCUGAGUUUUGUUCUCCAGUACGGUGUGUUCAGUCUCUCGUAUCUCGUAGAGCUCUGUGGGUUAUGCUACAAAACCUUCAGCAAGGAGAGGGACAAGUUCUACAUGACCCGUAUCGUUGUUCUGGAGUUGCUUCAGGCUCUGAAGUUCAAGUCAUCGAUCCCUGAUACGAACCUGCUGCUGCUGGUGCAGUUUGUGUGCGCAGACAUCGGAUCCAGGCUGGCUGAGUCCACCAUCCUCCAGAAGCACAUGAUCUCUGCGCUGCCCGGGUGCACCACAGCAGCGAUGGAGUGCUUGCGGCAGUAUCUGAGCGAGCUGCUGGACUUCAUCGCAGACAUGCACACGCUGACCAAACUGAAGAGCCACAUGAAGGCGUGCUGCCAGCCUCUGCACGAGGACACGUUUGGCGGGAAUCUGAAGGUCGGUCUGGCUCAGAUAGCGGCGAUGGAGAUCAGCAAAGGCAACCACAGAGACAACAAAGCGGUUAUUCGCUACCUGCCUUGGCUUUAUCAUACACCUUCUGCUAUGCAACAAGGACCCAAAGAGUUCAUUGAGUGCGUGUCGCACAUUCGCCAGCUGUCCUGGCUGCUGCUGGGGUCUCUUACCCACAGUGCUUUGCAUCAGGGCUCCUCAUGCUGUAUGCCCAUUCCACUGGACGCCGGGUCUCAUAUCGCAGACCAUCUGAUUGUCAUCCUGAUAGGAUUCCCAGAGCAGUCCAAGACGUCAGUGCUGCACAUGUGUUCUCUGUUCCACGCCUUCAUGUUCGCCCAGCUGUGGACCAUCUACUGCGAGCAGGCCGCGGCCGCCCCCUCCAAUCAGAACCAGAACGAGUUCUCCUCGGGCGCCAUCCUCACGGGCCUGGAGUUCUGGAGCCGCGUGACUCCCAGCAUCCUCCAGCUCAUGGCCCACAACAAAGUGAUGGUAGAGAUGGUCUGCUUGCAUGUCAUCAGUCUAAUGGAGGCCUUGCAGGAGUGUAACUCAACUAUCUUUGUGAAACUGAUUCCCAUGUGGCUGCCCAUGAUUCAGUCCAACUUAAAUCAUCUGUCCGCGGGUCUCCAGCUGCGUCUACAAGCCAUCCAGAACCGGGUGAACCACCAGUGUCUCCAGAAUCCUGAAACCGGAUCGUUUCCGCUCGCUCUGCGCAAGUGGCUUCAAUGCACUCAGUUUAAAAUGGCCCAGGUGGAGAUCCAGUCGUCUGAGGCGGCGUCCCAGUUUUACCCCAUGUGAUCUUUAAAGCAGCGAGGUGUGCGUGAAGAUUAAUCAUAUGAGCUUUGGCAGCAGCAGAUGUAGUUGCUUCACUAAAGCAGUGGUCUUCCUAGUGUGUGUGUGUUAUUAUCAAAUACAUUACAGAAAUCAUGUAUAGAGAAAAAUGUUAGUCCGUUACAACCAGGGAAAGGUUUUUUGCAUUAUCAAUAGUAUGCAUAUUUCAAACCAAAAUAAACAAUUCAAGAGUUUUUAAAAAAAACUAAUUGCUUGAAUUUAGUCUUUGUGUUAAACUGACACAUAUUUAUUAUUUUACUUGCUUAAAGGAAUAGACACCCCAAAAAUGAAAGUGAAAAUGAAAUGGGCUCACUUUCAGAUCAUCCCAGAUUUGUAGAAAUGUGUCUCUGCAUCAGUGUCUCAGCAAUGGAUGCUCUGCAGUGAAUGGGUGCCGUCAGAAUGAGAGUCCAAACAGCUGAUAAAAACAUCACAAUAAUCCACAGCACUCCAGUCCAUCAGUUAACAUCUGGAGAAGACAAAAGCUGGAACUAAUCCAGCAUUAAGAUGUUUUUAACUAAAAUCCGAGUCCAUAAUCCAUAAUAAAGCUUCCUCCAGUGAAGAAGUGUUCUGGUCUGAUUCAGGAGAGAAAUCUGCAGAUCAAGCAGCGUUUACAAGACAAAACAGCUCUAAACAAACGUGUGGCUGGAUUUUGAUAUGAGAGACGACAGGAGAUGGACUAUUUCACUGGAGGAAGCUUUAUUAUGGAUUAUGGACUCGGAUUUGGCCAGAAGCAACAGUUCAAACACCUUAUUGUAAAGAGCAAAGGACAUAUUGCUCUUGUUGACAAAAAACAUUUAGCCAUGGGUUUGAUUAAAGCUUUAUUUUUAAAAAGCAAACACAUCAACGUCUGACAAAAGCCCUCAUUCUCCGUCAAAUCAGAGCUCUGAGCUCAUCAAAGAGAGACUAUCGUGCAGUGUGUGUGUGUGUGUGUGUGUGUGUGAGUGUACCUGUUUUUCUAUUCAGGUGGGGACUUAAACCUGAAUACACACAGACUCAUGGGGACUUGUGUCACGGGUAAACAAGCUAAUAAAUCACACAGAAUUAAGUUUUUUGAAAAUCUAACAGUGCACCAUUAUGCCUAUGGAGAGUAAGCAAACCAGAUGUGUGUGUGUGUGUGUGUGUGUGUGUGUGUGUGUGUGUGUGAGUGUGAGUGAUCAACUCCCACUGCUCAGAGGCAGCAUCUGGCAGAGACCUGCUGCCAUAUUCGUUUGAACUUGGAGCCCUUUCAAAUAUCUAACUCAUUAAAAGCUGCUUCUAUAAUCAGCGUCUUCCAGGUAGCGUCUCAGAGCAGCUGUGUGAGGAGAGCAGAGCCGAUCUGACCCUCCUAUUUUCAGGUCUCUCCAGUCAAGUGAUGUUUGACUGGGUUCGGCUCUGGCUGGGCCGCUCAAGGUCAUUCACAGAGUCUUCAGUGUCCUGUUGGAAGGUGAAGCUCUGGAGAUCUGGAGCAGGUUUUUAUUAGGGAUAGCUCUGUAAUUUUCUGAUUUCAACUUUCCUUCGAUCAGUCCCUGCUGCUGUAAAACACACCCACAGCAUGAUGAUGAUGCCACCGCCAAGCUUCACCGAUGGUUCAGGUUCAUUUUUUUGUUUUGUUUUUAUGUGUCUUCAUUGAGGAGAGGAUUGAGCUCUCUUGCCAAGGUGCUUAUCUGGAUGCUUAGUUUGACCAGAUGUUUUUUCUGAAAUUAAUUUAAUCUGAAAUUGAUCGGAAAUUAAUCUGUCAACAUAAAGACAGUAUAUUUUUAAUUCGUUUAAUGACAUUGUGAAGUUGUUUGUUUACAUUACCACGGGAAGUAAGGGUGCUGAGGGUGCUGCAGCACCUCCUGGAGUGUAGCCCACGAAAAAAUGGAGUGUUAAAAAUAAAUGAAUGAACAAUUUGUAACAAAAAAUAAAUAAAAUAAAUUUUAUUAAUUUGUAUAUUCAUUAAAAUUCAUUGAAAAAGUAGCCUGAGCCUAAAAUGACCUGAAGCAACGGUUAAACAUGAGUUGAACCAAAUUGACUGUGAACGUCGUUUCAACUUAUUAAACUUAUCAAACUGUUUUUUUAAUAUGCGCUAUAUUAUUACCUGUAAAGUCUGUGCCGUACCCAAAUUAAGAAUUAACAAUUAUUUCUACAGACAUAGUAAAGAGACAGCACGAGAGCGUUUACCUCAGCAGCAACAAAUCUCGCAUUCUCACAUCUGUAGCGCUUAUUUUGAUCUUUAACGGUUUGGUCUUUCCUAUUGAACAAAAUUAAUGCUUACGGUUGAUUCAAUAUUACUCUUAAAAAAACAUAUCAGCAAUCCUACAAUGAGAAAGUCGCUUAUAUUAAACACAACACUUUUAUGGACAUAACGAAGACUGAUGUACCCGCGUUGUAACACAAGUAGUCUAUACAUGAAAGGUUUUUGGAUUUUCCCCUUCCUUUAAAUGAAUGCUUAUGGCUCAUUAUUAUUAAUGGGGGGGACAAACAACAACAAAAAACAUAGGCUAUACAAUAAAAUAGUACAAUGACAAAUUUACCUAGCUUAUAUUAAACUGUGUUUUAUCCACGUUUAACACACAAAUAGGCUAAAUAUGGUUUUCCCCUUAGGCUACCUUAAAAUGAUCGUAGUUUGUGGUUUAUUAUCUUAUUAAUUAAAACACAUCAGCCAUAAAAUAGUAGCUACAAUGGCAUAUUCACAUAUAUUAAACAUCUAACUUUUAUUAACAAAAUGAAUGAGAUGGAUAUAGUCUUGUAUUGUAACCCAAACAAAUAAGGUAUUUUCCCUUAUUUAAAACGUUUGUGGUUCAUUGUUUUGUUUUGUUUUAUAAUGAAAACCCAGCAACAAUACACUCAUUUAUAUUAAACGAAGAAAUAUAAAUUGUAUUACCAAAAGUAGCUCCAUCGUAGUGUCAGUCUUUCUCGCAUCACUCUUGUCAAGUGUGACUCAAAAAAUAAAAAAAUAAAUUAAUUUGUGUUCAUCAUUCUUCACUUCACUAAGUCUAUCCUGCAGACCUUCUUUAUCAAUAAAAGACUUUGCUCGACUGAACUGAUACAACACUACAUUGACUUCACUCUUUUCAAACAUGGCAGAGGACAAUGUAACAAACCCGCAAGUGCACUUUAGAGCUGUUUUACCUCCAGACUUCACUGGGGAUGGCAACGAAAGCUUUUCUCAGUGGGCUUGUCGUUUUCAAGUAUGCUGUGAGACCUCAGGUAUGGACGAACUUCAGCUUGCCAAGGUACUUCCUUCAAGAUUGGCAGGUGCUGCAUUCAGUUACUGGGAUAGUUUGUCGGAUGGCAUAAAAGCUGAUUAUGACACCACUUGUAGCAAAUUAGCUGCAGUUUUCGAACAAAAACAGCUAUUAAGAACCUUUCAGACUUACUUGAAUGCCAGACCGCGUCUGAGUAAUGAGCCAUUGGAAGUGUAUGCUGCCAAAUUGACCCGCCUUGUUCACCAAGCUUUUCCGGACUAUGGAGAAUCAGCAAUCAAAGGUGAAAUUUUGCGACGUUUUAUAGCUGGACUUGAACCUGCAUUGCAAGCUAAGCUGUAUGAGUUUGGUGUUACUACACUUGAAGAUGCGAUUAAAAUAGCUGGUCGGUGUGAGAGAGCACGUUCUGCAGCCACUGAGACUUUUCCUCUGCCGGCACCUGCUGCACCUCAACCAGCCGUGGUACACAGCCUCACGACAGAGUCCUCCAAUAUGCUUGCAGCCAGGGUUUAAAUUGGGCUGGGGCCGUCCGGGGCUGAGCCCCGGCACAUAGACUCCAGGGCUCGACAUUAACGCUUCAUUAAUGCCAGACAAGUAACAUGAUUAAAACAUCAAUAACCAAAAAUAACUAUGUAAACACCAAAACAAAAGUAUUAUUCUGAUUUCAGUAUCAGUAAGUGAGUAAGUGGUGAAUAGUGGAUAUAGCAACUGUAUAUAAUGCAUCUAUUGACAGUAUAAGGUUGCGCUGCUGAGGCGAGGUUCACGCAGCUCUCGAGGAGAAAACAAAACACGCAACACUAAGAAAGAAUACUGAGGUAAAAAUUCAAAAUGGAAAGUUUUUAUAUUUAAAAUACAGUUAGUUAGGCAACAUCACUCAAAGUUUUCACCAUUACGACUGUUUAAUAAUUCUAUAAACAGUUCAAUGAGCAAAUACAAUAAUAUUAGGUCACUUACAUUUUUGGCGGAAUCACAGCGUAUCUCAAAGCAACCAUCCGAUUCAUUGCUGAAUGAUUCAGUGUUUUGAACGAAUCGGUUGAGUCAAAGUAUCAUUAGCCCAUGCAUAAACAUCUGAUGAAUCUGCCGUUUAAAGAAUCGUUUGAAUGAACGACAAUGACUCACUCAUUAAACGCUCACUACUGGCACCUACUGGCGUUUUAAUUUAGUUUAAAAGUAAAAUUUCCACCAUUUAUUUUUUGUAUAUUCAAAAAAAAAUCUUUUUUUAAGAAUCUCAUAAUUUAAUGUAGUUGCAUUUUUCAGUGUAAAUGAUUUAAUUUGAUAACGUAUAGAUAAUAACAACCACAUUAUUAUAAUUGAAUUUAUAGAUCAAAUGUAAGAAUUUGAAAUGAAAGUUAAUGAGAUUAGUGGGAAAAUGCCCUCUAUAAAGGUAAAGAAAAGAAAAAAAUACCUUGGAUAAAAUGUAAAAAACAUGCAGAUUUUUAGCCUAUGUCACAGCUGGUCACUCUCACAGGUCUCAGUCCCUCCCUUGACAGAGAAUGUUGUUCCUGCUUCAGUAGCAUGUACCUCAGAAACAAGAAGUCAGCUUCAUGGUUUUCAAGGUAUUCUAGA